AUGGCGGCCAAUGACAUGCUGUCGGAGGCGCUGCCCUGGCAGCCUGGCGUUGCUGGCGCCGUCGGCAGCGCUAAGGCAUCCUUGCUUCGCAAGGUGCAGGACCCAGACCAGACCCGAGCCCUUGCCCGGGCGCGCUCGCGACGGCUGCAGGCGGCGCCGCGGCGUUGGCCCCAGCCCCAGCCCCAGCCGACGACGCCAUUGUCGCAGUCGAAGGGCCCCGAAGGGGCUUCAGCAGCGCCGCCAGCGCCGAGGCGCCGCGGCGGGAGCGCCCAUCCUGGAGGCCGGGGAGGCUCAGGCUCAGGGCUUCGCGCCUAG